AUGGUUAAAGAGAGAGGUGUGUUGGGUCAUAUUGUAAGUGAAAGGGGUUUAGAGGUGGAUAGAACAAAAAUUAAUAUUAUAUCUAAAAUGAAACCUCCAAAUUUAGUAAAACAGAUUAGAUCUUUCUUGGGUCAUGCAGGUUAUUACAGAAAUUUUAUUCAAGAUUUUUUGAAAAUUUCUAAAUCUCUCAUCAUACUAUUAUCUAAAGAUGUGCCUUUUAAUUUUGAUGAGAAAUGUUUUGAGUCUUUUUCUGAAAUAAAAAGAUUACUUACUGAGGCACUCAUUUUACAAAUUCUUGAUGCAUCGAAUUAUGCAGUGGGGCAGUUCUAGGACAAACAAAAGAGUCAAAACCCAUAAUAAUUUUAUAUGUUAGUAAAACUAUAUAUGAUGAUCAAUUAAGUUAUAUAACAACUGAGUCACGUCAAUAACUCUAGUUAAAAGUUAUAAAAACAAAAAUUGGGAUUGAAAAGUCAAUGCUUCCAAGUUAAAUAUUCAUGGAUAAUCCUUCAAGGUGCCAAGGAUGUGUGAAGAAUUUUCAAAUCUAUUUGAUGGCGAGUGGGAUCCGUCUCCAUCAGCUCAAGAGACACCAACAAUCCGAGUUCAGCCCGAUCGACACACGAAGAUAAAGGAGCCUAGCUUUCGCUACACGGCCUAG